CCACCACUAUCGAACCUCCCUCCAAACCACCCGCCACGCGUCCCUCUCUCUCUCCUCUCUCUCUCUCUCUCUCUCACUCUCAUCACACCCACCAUUUUCAGUUUUCCACUUUCCCUUUCACACCAUCAAAAUCCUCUGCAAAUCAACCAUGGAUAAACUCGACAAAUUCAAACUCGCCUCAUCUUCCAUCGGCGACCGAUUAAUGUCAAACGGAGUCCAAAUCCAGCGUCUACUCACCACAAAGAUGAAAGAAAUCCUAACAUCUCCAACACCCGAAUCAAAAAUCGUCGACCAAGCCACAUCCGAAACCCUAGACAACCCAAACUGGGGUCUCAACAUGAGAAUAUGCGCCAUGAUCAACGCCGAAGAGUUCAACGGAACAGAGAUCGUGAAAGCGAUCAAGAAAAAGAUUAGUUCGAACAAAAGUGUUGUGAGUCAGAGGCUGAGCCUCGAUCUGUUGGAGACGUUGACGUCGAACUGUGAUAAGGUGUUCUCUGAAGUGGCGUCUGAAAAGGUGCUUGAUGAUAUGGUGGCUAUGAUUCGGGAUGCUCAGACUGAUGAUCGGUGUAGAACGAAGGCGGUUAGGUUGAUUCGGGCUUGGGGUGAAUCGGAUGAGCUUAUGUAUUUGCCGGUUUUUCGUCAGACUCAUAUGAACCUGAAGGCCAGCGAGAUACCUGCAGGAUCACCGGCUGGAAACCCGAGCCCCGGGAAUCAAUCAAUGGAAUCAUUGGUUUAUCAACAACCUAUGCCCACCGCCCCUGACGGAUACCCGUUGCCAGAUAUUGAUUUAAUGGGUUUAGAAGACGAUACCGUUCCAUAUGCGUACGGGGGUCAAUCUGUCGAACAAAAGAAAGAACUGUUGUUGGUUGGUAGAAACAGUCUUGAACUUUUAUCGAGCAUACUUGAUUCAGGAAUGGAUCCCUUACCGAUUAAUGAUGAGCUAACGGUUAGCAUGUUGGAGAAGUGCAAGGAGUCUCUGCCUGUGGUUCAAAGAAUAGCGGAAACUACAACCGAUGAUGAUGCACUACUUUUUGAAGCUUUAAAUCUGCAUGAUGAGCUCGAACAAGUCAUCUCCAGAUGCUCGGAAAUCAAAGCGAAAGUGGGAUCCGACCCAGCGGAGACCGACACUUUGAACCCAACAGGAUCCAGUCUGACCAGUGAGGUCAAAGUCAAAGAAGAAAGUCAAAGUUUACCGACCACUAAAGUCGAGAACAGCGAGCAGGAAAAAACAGUUUGAAAUACGCCGUAAUCAGAUUUACUUCCGCGUACAUUUUAAUAACAGGUAGACUUGAACUUUAGAAUCCCUACAAAUAAUUACUCUAAACCUCCUUAUGUGGAUCUUGUUAUUAGUAAUGUUAAUCUUGUACCAAUAAAUUAUAGAUGUGUGAAAUGUGUAUGUAUGAUAAAUUUAAAGAAUCAAUCUUGAAUACCCGAAAUUUAAGACGUG